AUGGUCGCUUCAACGUCCGUCAAGCUUAACACUGGUGCUGAGAUGCCCACUGUUGGGCUCGGCACUUGGAAGUCCCAGCCUGGCGCUGUCGAGCACGCCGUUGAGUUCGCCUUGAAGAACGGCUACAGACACAUUGACACUGCCGCCGCCUACGGUAACGAGAAGGAAGUUGGCCUUGGUAUCAAGGCAUCCGGCGUUCCAAGGGAGCAGAUUUUCCUGACCACCAAGCUUGACAACCCUGACCAGAGGAACCCGGCGGCUGCUCUACAGUCUUCUCUCGAAAAGCUCCAGACCCCUUACCUCGACCUCUGGUUGAUGCACUGGCCUGCACCCAUGACUAAGGACGGCAAGGCUGACAAGGGCCACGAUUGGCUCCAGACCUGGAAAGAUAUGGAGAAGCUCUACUUGGAGAACCCGGAUAAGCUCAAGGCGAUUGGUGUCUCGAACUUUUCCGUUGCAUUCCUCGAACGCCUGCUCAAAGAGGCCAAGGUUGUUCCCGCUGUGAACCAGAUUGAGUUGCACCCGUCCUGCCCGCAGCAGGAGCUUGUGGACUACUGCGUUAGCAAGGGCAUCGUCGUGACCGCCUACUCACCUCUCGGCUCUGACAACUCACCGCUGCUGAAAAACCCUGUCGUCAACAAGAUUGCUGAGAAAUACAGUGUCUCGCCCGCCAACGUCCUCAUUUCACUGCAAGCAAACCGCCCUGGAGUCACCGUUCUGCCCAAGUCUGUAACUAACGAGCGUAUCCUUUGUAAGCAACGGCUUCUAUGA